AUGGGAAUUACUACGUCGGAGAGUGGAAAUCCGGGGCGAUUUGUGAGGAAGGGAAAAUGUAUUGGACAAAUGGGAAUGUGUAGGAAGGACACUGGGAAUGGAGUGCCUAAAGGGAAUGGGACAUUUAGAUGGGAAGAUGGGAGGUACUAUGUAGGGAAUUGGAGCAGAGACCCUAAAGAACAAAAUAGGAGCCAUUACCCUUCAGAAUCUUCAGUAAAUGAGUGCACACUUAUUGACUGGGAUCCUCAAGAUGUAUUCAAAGUCUUGAUCCUGCCUUCCGAGAAGAAGCUGGCUGUCUGGAGAUCUGCAAAGACUAAAGAGAAACACGGCAUUAUUAGGCCCAAAAGAAUGUCUGUCGAUGUGAGAUUAGGUGCAGGUGUAGAUAGGGAUUUUACUCAUUCGCAACUUUUAGAUGGGGGUGGAGGACCAUCCCAUACCCUUAGUAGAAGUUCUUGUGCAUCCGACAAUACCUUCCAUGAAGAAGGGUAUCCAAGAGAGAGCCCUAUUAGGAUCCCCAAGGGUGUAAAGAAGCAAGGAGAGGUUAUCUGCAAAGGCCAUAAGAAUUAUGAACUCAUGCUCAAUUUGCAGUUAGGCGUCAGACAUGCUGUUGGAAGGCCCGGCCCUUCUCCAUCACUAGAUCUCAAGCCAUCAGCAUUUGAUCCCAAGGAGAAGUUCUGGACAAGGUUUCCACCAGAGGGAUCAAGAAGCACUCCACCUCAUCAAUCCUGCAAAUUCAAAUGGAAGGACUAUUGCCCCAAAGUUUUCGGGGCAUUGAGGUUGCUGUUCAAUGUGGAUCCAGCAGAUUACAUGUUGUCCAUUUGUGGAAACGAGGCCCUCCGCGAGCUGUCCUCUCCCGGGAAGAGUGGAAGCUUCUUCUACCUGACAAAUGAUGAUCGUUACAUGAUAAAGACAAUGAAGAAGGCAGAGGUAAAGGUGCUUUUGAGGAUGCUGAAUGCCUAUUUCAAUCAUGUCCGUGCAUUUGGCAACACCCUUGUGACCAAGUACUUUGGCUUACACUGUGUGAGGCUAACAGGAACAGCACAAAAAAAGGUGCGCUUCAUGAUCAUGGGGAAUCUCUUCUGUACCGGGUAUACAAUUCACAGACGAUUCGACUUGAAAGGAUCAACCUUUGGCCGCUUGACAGAUAAGUCGGAAUCAGAGAUUAAUGCAACUACAACUCUCAAAGACCUUGAUCUUAACUACAUAUUUCGAUUGCAGAAGGAAUGGUUUGAAGAGUUUCGAAAGCAAGUAGAUAGGGACUGUGAGUUUCUUGAGCAGGAAAGAAUAAUGGACUAUAGCCUUCUGGUUGGCAUUCAUUUUAGAGAAUUGGGUAAUGCUGGAGACCAGACAGUUGUGGAGAAUGGUGAAGGCUCAGAACCAGAAUCCUCUCAAGCAGAUAUGGAUCCGUUGCCCCAAGAUCCAACAUGCUCGGGCGAUAUGAAACUGGGAAUAGGCAUGCCUGCAAGAGUGGAAAAGACAGAAAGGAGAAAUGAUCCAGAACCACAGCUAGUAGGAGAGCCAACAGGGGAGUACCAUGAUGUAGUGUUGUUCUUUGGAAUCAUAGACAUACUUCAGGACUAUGACAUUUCCAAGAAGCUUGAGCACGCCUACAAGUCUUUCCAGCAUGAUUCAAAUUCAAUAUCAGCCAUCAAUCCAAAGGCAUACUCAAGGCGGUUUCGCGAUUACAUCUUCAAAGCCUUUGCAGAGGACAGCUAAAUGGAGCUUGGCCUGUAUAUCCCAAUAGACUAGCUUGACAAUAACACCCUGCUUUAUAGGAAGGAUCAUCUGUACUUGAAGCUGACAAGAAUCACUGGUCUCCCAUUCGCAAGAUAUGGCUCAACGAUUUGCAGAUUAUCCAAAGUGAUUAACUAAUUGAGCUGCUCUCAAGAGCUUCUUCUUUCUUUCUUUCUUUCUUGAUUUUCAGGUUGAAUGUAGUAGGAAUACACACAAAUAUGGGGUGACAAUUGUAUAGAAAAUGUAUCACAGGAACACACACAACAACUGUAAUGUAUCCGAGGAACAUUUUUGUUGGCAGCCUUUGCCUCCAUGAGGGAUUAGAAUUCUGCAGAGCAUACUUAACAUACAUAAAACUAUGAUUAACUU